AUGCAGCACGAUGAGGUCAUAUGGCAAGUUAUCAGGCACAAUCACUGCAGUUUCAUGGCCAAAAUUGAAACUGGGAUAUUUUGUCGGAACCCUUACAACGUGACGGGGAUAUGUAAUCGGAGCUCCUGCCCUCUCGCUAAUAGUCGAUACGCCACAAUCCGUGAACAUGAUGGAGUGUUUUAUCUGUAUAUGAAGACGAUAGAAAGGGCGCAUAUGCCAAAUAAAUUGUGGGAAAGAGUUAAAUUGCCCAGAAAUUAUGAAAAGGCCCUUGAAAUUAUUGACAAACACUUGAUGUUCUGGCCGAAACUACUUGUUCAUAAAACAAAGCAAAGAUUGACCAAGAUGACGCAGAUGCGUAUUCGCAUGAGGAAACUUGCUUUGAAGACAAGGGAGAAAAUUAUGACAACUCCUAGGAAAGAGAAGAAAAGAGAAGCUCGGAGAGAAGAGAAGGCCGAGAAGGCAGCAGUUUUGGAGAAAAGUAUUGAAACAGAGUUACUUGAACGCCUCAAGAAAGGAGUUUAUGGUGACAUUUAUAAUUACCCUGUUGAUAAGUACAAUGAAAUUCUUGAUAAGGAGGUUAUAAAGGAAGCUGUUAGCGAAGACGAAGAGGAACCUGAGAUAGAAUAUGUUGAAGGCUAUGAAGAGCUUGAAGAGGAGGAUAUGGAAGAUUUCGGUGGUCUUGCAAUCCCUAACAUGGAUGAUGAUAAUGUUGGAAUGGACUACGUCGAUGAUGAGGAGACUGUAGCUGUUGAACGCAAGAGAGGGAGGAAGGAUUCUGUGAGAAAGCUGGAGAAAGAUGAACCUGGAGCCAAAUCGAAGAACAAAGUGAAAGUACUUGUUGAGGUCGAGCAUGAAGAUGCGAAUGAACGACAAACAGCUGUGCUAUGA